AUGGGCUUAAUCAUUCACAGAGACACCCCACUCACCCUUCAUACGUACUCUGAUUCGGACUGGGCAAGAGACAAAGAUGACUACAUAUCAACUACUACCUACAUUGUAUACUUGGGGAAAAAUGCCAUCUCAUGGACUUCUCACAAGCAACGAACUCGAGCUCGCUCAUCUACCGAGGCUGAGUAUCGUGCAGUUGCGAACACUACCGCCGAACUCCUAUGGGUCAAUAACCUACUCGCUGAGCUUGGGCACAAGGUUCCUCUGGCUCCAUUCAUCUACUGUGACAAUGUAGGUGCUACGUAUGUUAGUGCAAAUCCGGUUGAGGGUCUUGUCCUUGAUCACGGUUCCAGGCAUCCUGAUAUGAAGCGAAGAGCAGAGAAUUGUUACAUAUUGACUUGUAAUGUAUCUCUGGAGUGUGAGGAAAGAACAUUACCAGAACAAAAAGCUUUACUUGGUAUAAAAUCCGCCAUUACAGAUGACCCACAAUCAUCUCUUUCUUCCUGGAAAACUUCCACUCAUCACUGUACUUGGGAUUUCAUCAAAUGUUCAUCUUCAUCUUCAUUAAAUCAUCAUCAAACUGUAGUUUCACUCAACAUUUCUGGGUUAAAUCUCACUGGAAUUCUCUCACCUGACAUAGGUUUUCUCACCAACUUGCAAAACCUUAGUGUUGCAGGAAACUCAUUCUCUGGACCAAUCCCAUCUUCACUCUCUCUCCUCUCAAAUCUUUACCACCUUAAUCUCUCCAACAACAUCUUCAACUCAACUUUUCCUUCCUCUCUCUCUCCUCUAAAAAACCUACCAAUCCUCGACGUUUACAACAAUAAUCUCACUGGCCCACUCCCUCUUUCCGUCGUUAACAUGUCGGAGCUCCGGCAUCUUCAUCUGGGUGGUAACUACUUUUCCGGCGAGAUUCCGGUGGAGUACGGACAAUGGAGGAAGAUUGAGUAUCUUGCUGUAUUUGGUAAUGAGCUUGAAGGGAAUAUUCCGGCGGAAAUUGGGAAUUUAAGUCCGCUUAAAGAGCUUUAUAUUGGGUAUUAUAAUGGAUAUUCCGGUGGGAUUCCGCCGGAGGGGGGUGCGGGGGUGGAGGGAGUGGAGGACUGCUAG